CUUUUUGCUUCUUCCUCUCCUCUUUCUCCCCGUGUUAUAUCUCUAUUCUCUAAAAGGCGACCACUUUCGCUGUUUCUCUCUAAUCUGUUGUUGCGGCUGAGAACUGACCCAGUUCCAUAAAGAUUGGUAAGAAAUUGAGGAAAAAGAUUUGAACUUGUUCAAAGAGGGGCACAGUAUCUGUAAUGGGUGCCUUUCUCUUGAUGCUUCUAAGCUCCAAUCUCUGCUAAAAUCUGGUUAGGGUUUCUUAGGAGACCGUUUCUGAGUGUCUGUACGGAAAUCAUGGUGUCCGUUGACUGUUUAUGCACCUUUUUGAACUUCAUCUCAGUACUUGAUAGUGCUUCUGGUCAAUACGAUCAAAUCAUGGAUUUGAUCUGAUUCUUUUGAUGGGGCCUUAUGUCUCGGGUGCCAUUUGAUUUCACUCCCGUGAAUGUGCUUUUGUUGCAAGCCUUAAUGAGAUAUACAGUGUGCUGGUCUUGGAGGCUGAAGCUCUCAUGUUAAGGUACGAUUCGGUAGAGAAGCUAAUUCAGGACUUGGCUGUUUUGGUAGCUGUUCAGAAGCUGGAGAGACAUGGAUCACAUAGGUGACAAAGACAAGUUUGCGGUAGAGAAGAACAGUAGUGUUAAUAAUGUAAGCUGUGAUUCGGUUAACAAGCCAGCAGACUGGCGAGUCUGUGUUUCUAAUCCAGUGUCUUUGCCUACGGAUUCAUAUCCUCCAGGGGAUCCUAUGUCUGUUGGUCCAUCAUCUUUUUCUCAAUCUCAGAUGAUGAAUUCAUUUAGUAAAGCUCUAUGGCAUGAUCCCUCCAGUGUACAGACCACAGGGUUUGGCAGUUUCAGUGUCCAGACUGAUGCAGGUUCUUCGGGUGUAUUGGGUGUUGCAGAUGGCAAUCUUGGCUCUUUCAGGAAUAAUGUUGAUAGACCUCUUGAAACGGGUUGGAAUCUUUCUAAUCCGUUGCCUAAUGGAGACAUUCUUCUUCUGCCUAAUGCAAAUGGGUUCUUCCCCCAUAGCAUGGCUCAGAUCCCAGCUGAUUCGGGCUUCAUUACUCGUGCUGCAAGGUUUUCGUGCUACGGUAGUGGGAUUUUUGGUGAAAUGUUGAACCAACCUCUUGGAGUUCCUGAACCAAUUGGUUUGUAUUCUCAAGUGUGUGGAACAAUGCAACGGCUGCAGGAUAUGCCAGUGGGAACUGUAGCCAAACAAGCUCAUGGAGGACAAUGCUCGGGGAAUGAACUAAAUGUCGGUGAACUUCCAAAGGAUGCUUCUACGGCAGUAAGAGAUGGGUUCAAGAAUGAUGCAGGAACUGUGAUCCAUGUUGGAGCCAACGAAGAAGUUAAAGUAGAUAAACCUGGAUGCAGUCAUAUGUCUGAUGAAACUCGAUCCAGUGGUGGUAAUGGUCGAAAUGAACUGCAAGUUGGGGAAUUGAAAUCUGGGGAAACCCCUUCCAAGUGCUUUGAUAGGAAGAAAAGGAAAAUAAAUAGCCAGGUAAAGGCUAUAAAGCACUCUUUUCUUUCCUGAAUUCUUUGUAUUUUCCAAUUAUUACAUAGAUAAUC